AUGUUACACGAGAAACUUGAAGAAUAUAACAGUGCCUUUGAAAAAAUUAUGGAAGGGCCUGAAGAGCCUGAAAUGCCUGAAGAUCCAAAAAGUUCUGCCACGUCAACAACAGACGAAACCCCCAAAAAAAGUAGAGGGCAAUAUCAAAAGCCUACAGAUAAAGAUAUAAAAAAGCUUCUUUAUCUCUACUUCAUAAGGGGAUUAACUAUCGAAAAAGCCAGCAAGAUAAAGAGUCAUUAUACUGCGGUUAAUGCUCAGGAAGAUGCUACUGUGCAUAAAGAGAUACUGCAGUUAACCAUCUUUAGAUUUUAUGGAUUCAUCAAAAUAAUGUCUAACAGCAGCCAAUCAGGAUAA